CAUAUCGAGGUGGAUGUUUGCAUCUGAACUGUAGCUAAACCAUAGUGUUUGUACUGCCUUUGCCUAAACUGUGUUGCUCAGAAGUGUAGUUGUCUGUCUAUAACUUAACACAGUAUUUUGCUAAAGUCUAACGAAGACCAUGAACAACCUAAUUCGGUCAACUGUUCGCUGUCUUCGGUUGAGUUCGUCGGUCUAUCUACCGAGGCAAGUUGAUGGACGAAAUGUGUCGUUGUCAACAUUGCAGUCCUCGGCCCGGCUCAUGUGUUCGGCGCCCUUACAGAAAGACCUUGGCGAUAUGGUGAAGAAAGAUAAGGUGGUGGUGUUUAUGAAAGGGACCCCUGCCCAGCCCAUGUGUGGCUUCAGUAAUGCCGUGGUUCAGAUCUUGAGGAUGCAUGGUGUGACUGAAUAUGCUGCAUAUAACGUGUUGGAUGACCAGGAUCUCAGACAAGGAGUGAAGGACUUCUCCAACUGGCCCACAAUCCCACAGAUUUUCUUAAAUGGCGAGUUUGUGGGCGGCUGUGACAUCCUCCUACAGAUGCACCAGAACGGAGACCUGGUAGAGGAGCUCCAGAAGCUGGGGAUCCGCUCUGCACUGCUGGACUCUGAAAAUGAAUCCAAGUAGACAAACCAGUCGGUCGGUGUCCAGUCCAGAGAAAGCUAGAGGUUGACUGUAUUGGCCAGACUCUGGUCGACUUUUAGGCUCUAUACUUGUGUAGAUCUGAAAAGAUUGGUUAGAUGUACUUGUAAGCCAUAUAGGGGAAGCUCUACCUUGUAACCCUCAUAGUGAACGUUCUCAGAAGAGGUCAUUCAAAAGACACGUGCAAGGUGGAGCUACUAGAAUGUUGUUACAUACAUUUUAGUCAUUUAGCAGACACUCUUAUCCAGAGCGACUUACAGGAGCAAUUAGGGCUAAGUGCCUUGCUCAAGGGCACAUCAACAGAUCAGCUAGUUGGAUCGGGGAUUCAAACAAGCGACCUUUCGGUUACUGGUCCAACGCUCUUAACCGCUAAGCUACCUGUUGUGUGUACAUAUCCAACCAUUUCAGAUCUACACAGGGGGAUAGGGGCGAAGGGUUGAUUGGGCAUAUGAAGUGGUGGCUGAGCCCCAGUGUCCCUUCCACAAGCCCUAUAAGGUGUGUGAUACUAUAGAACCUGCUGAGGACCAAACUGCCCUCAGGUGACUAGGAUAUGAGAUGUCAAACCACCACCCAGAUUAUCUCUCCAAAACCCACUGCCUGUACAGUGCCUUCAGAAAGUAUUCAGACCCCUUGACUUUUUCUACAUUUUAUUAUGUUACAGCCUGAAUUUAAA